AUGCUAAUGAUUUUAGCUUAUGUUGCAGAGCUUCUUAACAAGACUUUCGUUUCUCUCAAACAUGUCUAUUGUAUCUGCAAGACAGAUGCGGCUUGGAGCAAGGAGAAGUUACUUGCAGGUUUGGGGUGGAUCUUCUCGGGAGCGACUCUAGGGACUCCAAUCACAGGAUCUGCGGUUGAGGCUUCAGUCAAGUCUCCCCUAAUAGCAGAAGCGGUGGCAAUCAGAGCAGCUCUGUGCAUGGCCAUCACCUUGGAAAUCGCUUCAAUCGAAGUGUUUUCCGACAAUCAAACGCUCGUUCGAGCUAUCUCCGGCACCACUCAGGCGAAAGAGAUCAUCGAUAUUGUGAAAGACAUCCGAUCGAUCACCUCUGAGUUUGCAUCUUCUUCGUUUUCGUUUAUUCCUCGUUCUCAAAACUUAACAGUCGAUUCUCUUGCUAAAGAGGCUUUGCGUUUCUAUUAUUCUCCUAGUGUGUAA